CUGUGAGCAUAUGUAGCUACGGUAUGACUUCACUGUGGUAUCCCACAACCCUCCGCGGGCUGGAAUGAAGUGAGGAGGCGGUGAGCAGUUUGUGUGGAGCUGAUGACAUGGGCUGGAGAACUCCACUGAAUGGAAAAGCUACUUCGACUUCAACUGGCUUGGAGAAGAAAAACUGUGAUUUAACCCGGGCGAAAAUAGUUUACUUCAGCAAAACUGGCUAGAAUUAAUUGAUACAAGCAAUCGUUCUAUUUUGGCUGAUUGUCUAAAUUGCCAGAAUUAUUAGCAAAAGGUAUGCGUAAGGUAACUAACGUUAGCCAAGUCUGUAGUUUAAUUAGCCUAGCUAGCUAGCUAACUUUAGUUAGCUAAAAUGUACACACUACAGAUUGGAAGGGACGCUCGUAGUUUUUGGGGAACUUUCCACGAGUUUAUUACAUUGCAUUGAUGUCUCCUUUUUGAGUUAUGCUUUCAAGAAAGAAAAGUAAAAGCGAGGCGUCGAAACCAGCGGAAGUACACGGGAAAUAUGUGAAGAAGGAGACUUCACCAGUCCUGAGAAAUCUCAUGCCCUCAUUCAUCAGACAUGGACCCACUAUUCCCAGACGCACCGAGGUCCCUCUGCCGGAGCCUGGUCCCUCAGCCUACCCUGUGGGAACCAGCCCUGAACCUGUGGUGGUCCGCAACAAGAGCUUCCUGCGCGCCCCUGUGCAGAGACCACCCCACGAGGUGGCUCGGAGGGAGAGCCAUAGGAUGUCAGCCCCUCCGUACCUACCACGUAGCCUGGGGGAUAUAACCCACGAGUACGGAGGCUCCUCACAGUCCUUCCUCACGGACGUGAGUGCCGUGGCUGAGAACGGUGACGCUGGACGCUACUACUACCCCCCGCCUCCAGAACCUUACUACGACAGCCAGCAGCAGCAGAGACGGCCUCAGCCCAGGCCCCAGCAGCCCAGAGCACCUGAACGCUUCCAUGAGGACUAUAGAUACUAUGAACACAACGAACAUCCAAACUUCCAAAGACUACCACCACCACAACACACUUCGCCGACCCCAAACAGACCGCCAACAGGUAUUGGUCGGAUGCAGGCUAAGUCUCUGGGGAACCUGUCCAGUCCGAGCGGCGAGGACCUCCCCCUGCCCCGUGGUUGGACGGUAGACUGGACCAUCCGAGGCAGGAAGUACUACAUCGACCACAACACCAACACCACCCACUGGUCCCACCCCCUGGAGAGAGAGGGUCUGCCCCCUGGCUGGGAGAAGGUGGAGUCAGCUGAGUUUGGGACCUACUACGUGGACCACCUCAACAAGAGGGCUCAGUAUAGACACCCCUGUGCUCCUAGCGUGCCUCGUUAUGACCAGCCCCCUCCCCUGCCCCCUCCGGUAGUGUACCAGCCUCGCCCCUCGGAGAGGAACCAUCCGGUACUGGUACCAGCCAACCCGUACCACACGGCAGAGAUCCCUGACUGGCUACAGGUGUAUGCCCGCGCCCCGCUCAAGUAUGACCACAUCCUGAAGUGGGAGCUGUUCCAGCUGGUGGAUCUGGACACGUACCAGGGCAUGUUGAAGCUGCUCUUCAUGAAGGAACUGGAGCGCAUCGUCAAGUCCUACGAGGCCUACCGUCAGGCCCUGCUGUCUGAGGUGGACCAAAGGAAACCGAGGCAGCAGUGGUACACUCAGGCCCAGCAGCAGUCGGGCAAGAACUUCACAGGGAACAUGUGAACUGGGUCGUAAAUUCACUAGGAAGCAAACGGGGAGAAAACAAAGAAGGACCUACCUGAAUUUGUCCAAUAAUAAACCAGUUGGUUGUUGCUAAACAGUUUGCUACGGUGUGCACUAAUGAAUACAACCCCAAAUUGACUGGACGGAGGAAUGGACUCUGUGCUCAACAUUGGACUUCAAUGACUCACUGUUCAUACGGAAUUCAGCCCUGGUGAACUGUUGUCCCACCCCUGCAGCACAGAUCUCUCCUCCUGAGGUUACUACAGCACAGAUCUCUCCUCCUGAGGUUACUACAGCACAGGUCUCUCCUCCUGAGGUUACUACGGCACAGAUCUCUCCUCCUGAGGUUACUACGGCACAGAGAUCUCCUCCUGAGGUUACUACGGCACAGAUCUCUCCUCCUGAGGUUACUACGGCACAGAUCUCUCCUCCUGAGGUUACUACGGCACAGAUCUCUCCUCCUGAGGUUACUACGGCACAGAUCUCUCCUCCUGAGGUUACUACGGCACAGAGAUCUCCUCCUGAGGUUACUACGGCACAGAGAUCUCCUCCUGAGGUUACUACGGCACAGAGAUCUCCUCCUGAGUUUACUACGGCACAGAGAUCUCCUCCUGAGUUUACUACGGCACAGAGAUCUCCUCCUGAGGUUACUACGGCACAGAGAUCUCCUCCUGAGGUUACUACGGCACAGAUCUCUCCUCCUGAGGUUACUACGGCACAGAUCUCUCCUCCUGAGGUUACUACGGCACAGAUCUCUCCUCCUGAGGUUACUACGGCACAGAUCUCUCCUCCUGAGGUUACUACGGCACAGAUCUCCUCCUGAGGUUACUACGGCACAGAGAUCUCCUCCUGAGGUUACUACGGCACAGAGAUCUCCUCCUGAGGUUACUACGGCACAGAGAUCUCCUCCUGAGGUUACUACAGCACA